AUUUCACAGGCACAGCCGCACGGGAUUCACAUGGGAAGGGAUUUAUAAAGCUGCUGUUUCUCUUUCCCUUGCAGCAGAGGAUGUGCCGUGGCAUAGCAUGACUGCUUUCCACCCCACAUGCCAUGCCCUUCCCCAACAGCUCUGACCUCAGCCCACCCUCCUUCAUCUUGGCCAGCAUCCCGGGGCUGGAGGCUGCCCACUUCUGGAUGGCGAUCCUUCUGUGUUCCAUGUACAUCUUGGCGGUCACAGGCAACUGCGCCGUGCUGUUCAUCGUGAAGACGGAGCCCAGCCUGCACGCUCCCAUGUACUUCUUCCUCUGCAUGCUGGCUGCCAUCGACCUGGCCUUGUCCACAUCCACGGUGCCACGCGCCCUCUCCUUCUACUGGUUCAACACCAGGGAGAUCAGCUUCGGCGCUUGUCUUGUCCAGAUGUUCCUCAUCCACACCCUCUCGGCCAUCGAGUCCACUGUCCUCCUGGCCAUGGCUGUGGACCGGUACGUGGCCAUCUGCCACCCACUGAGACACCCUGCCAUCCUCACCAACGCUGCGACAGUGAAAAUAGGGCUGGUAGCCAUGGCCAGGGGAGUCAUCUUCUUCCUGCCUUUGCCUUUGCUCCUCCUGCCCCUUCCCUUCUGCAGCUCCCGGGUGCUGUCACACUCCUUCUGCCUGCACCAGGAUGUGAUGAACCUGGCCUGUGCCAACACCACCCCCAGCGUGGUGUACGGCCUCACCGCCAUCCUGCUGGUCAUGGGGCUGGACGCCGUCCUCAUCUGCCUCUCCUACGUCCUGAUCCUCAAGGCUGUCUUGCGGCUGGCGUCGUGGAAGGAGAGGCUCAAGGUGUUCAGCACCUGCAUUGCCCAUAUCUGCGUGGUCCUGGCCUUCUACGUGCCCCUGAUUGGGCUGUCCGUGGUGCACAGGUUUGGGAAGGACCUGGCUCCACUGGUCCAUAUCACCAUGGGGAACAUCUACAUCCUGGUGCCCGCUGUGCUCAACCCCAUCAUCUACGGGGUGAGGACCAAACAGAUACAGAGGAGGAUCCUGAAUUUAAUUCAUAUAUACAACAACAGAACUGCCCAGUGACUUGUGCUCGGCCGUUGUCUCCCGUAUCCUCACACCAGCUCAUCUUGUUUUAUACUUAAAGUCUUUGGUGCAGGACUGUCCUCUAUUUGUACGGCGCCUAGUACCUGGUAGGAGACUGAGGUGUUACCACAAGGCAAAAAGUAAAUAGCAAUUGUAAACUCCUUCCAAGAGUGUUUACCCUCACCAAACUUGAAAAGAAUCUAAUACACUGAUCUAAAUCCAGCUCUGAUCCAGCAGGUAACACAAUGCGAAGGAAAAGUGGCUCAGCAAACUAUGACAUUGCACUUCUUUGUUCCCGUCUCACCCAUAACAGUGGCAGAGCUGAGUGAAUGCCACAGUGUUUUUUGAAUGAUUUAGUUAAUUCAUGGUUUCCACUUAUGAUACAUUCACUUUCCAAAAACAUUUUAGCAAAAUUUUUGCCAGAAACUGUCUGUAACAUUGAUCUCUAAGUAAAAUAAUUGCAGCAAGAGAUAUCAAUGACCUACUGGGUGUUCAGUCAAGACAGCUUAGCCUCCUUAUAG